AUUAUUAAUUCCAUUUUCUCCUUAACAGUAUGGAAUGGAUAUUUUGUUUUAGUGUUUUUGUUAUUAUCAGUUCUGUACAUAUUAGUAGUCUCAGACAUGGAGUUUGUCAAGAAUACAGAAGAUUUGAAGAAGGGAAUACAUACAGAAGUAAACCAGUGACGUUUUGUUGUGACAAUUUUCACAAGAAGAAUGGAGUCUGUGUUGAAUGUCCGAUCGGUCACCAUUCAACUGGAGUUCAGUGUAAAAAAUGCAACGAUGAUCAAUAUGGAAGAAAAUGUGCAGACAUAUGCAGAUGUACUACCAAAGAAAGGUGUGAUCAUGUGUCAGGAUGCGUGGCUAAAUAUGACAGAACGGACACGACUGUAACACUUAGAAACUAUUCUUCUGUUACUCAUGCAACAGACAGAACGGACACUACUGCAACAAAUGAAAUCUACUCUUCCGGUAGUCAGGUAUCAGUAGAUUAUAAGAGAAGCACUGCAUUUGAUUCGAACAAAGAAGCGGAUGAUAUAUCUAAGUCGAUGACACCACGGGAAACCGUAUUGUUGGUUGUCCUACUAUUCCUUGGUCUUCUGAUGUGUCUUGGCAUGAUGUAUAUUUUUCGAAUAAAAAAAGGCAUGAUUUUGAAAAUUACUCCACGUACAAAGAUUGAAUUGAAAUCAUUUAAUAUCACACAACAAACGGAAGAGGGAAGUGAAGGCAUAUAUAACGAAAUAGACGAAUCAGUAAUGCCAGAAACGUUGACACCGUUAGCCCGCGGGACACAAUUACACAACUCUUACUUAGACAUGUUACCGUUAGCCCUCGGUACACAAUUAAACAACCCUUACUUAGACAUGUUGGGAGUGAAGAAUAGUCCAUGCAACAUAUCAAACAACAAAGAACAUUAUCACUCAGACGGUUAUUUAAGACAAGAUACCAUUGCACAGCAUCAUCAAAUUAACAAAAUAAGUUUAUCAAGAAGUAGCUGCAGUGCCUCUAGUGUUUUACCGAAUAAAACUGAAUCGUCAGCAAAAAGUAGCAGAUGA